CCAAUUUCUAUGCAGGUUUUAUUUUUUAAUAAUGGAUGUUGUGCACGGAAAAGAUGAGGUGGAAGAGGGUGAAAGCUUGCUGCAAACAAAAGGGGGUGCGAAUAUACAUGUAAAUGUUCUGUUCUUUGCUCGUGCCACUGACCUCACAGGCUUGAAGAAUAUGCCUCUGCAAGUUUCGUUGGGCAGCACUGCCAGAGAUUGCUUGGAUAAAGUUAUCAUCAAGUUUCCGGGAUUGCAAGAGAUACGUAAUUGCAUGGCCCUUGCCCUGAACAUGGAAUACACCACAGAAUCUACCAUUGUCAAAGACAAAGAUGAGCUUGCCAUUAUUCCUCCUAUAAGUGGAGGUUAGGACGCUUCAUCCCCUUGUCAUGUAAGAAAUGAAGGAUUUGGAA